AUGCCUUUCCUCAACGGGAACACCACCCACCAUGAGGCCCAUAGCGCUGAACCAGACCAUGGCAAUACAGAGCCAAUGGUUAUUAUCGGCUUGGCCAUGCGUGCGGCCGAUGAGGCCACAGACGCAGAGGCUUUCUGGGACUUUCUCUUUUACGUCAAAGGUGCUGCUUUUCUCGAGGAAAGCCCUAAUGGGUUUGAUGCGGCUUUUUUCAAAAUGAGCAAGACUGAAGUGCAAAGUCUUGAUCCUCAGCAACGCAUCUUGAUGGAAAAUGUGUAUCACGCAUUGGAAAACGCUGGUCUUCCCAUGGAAGAUGUCAUUUCUUCCAACACGUCCGUGUUUGUGAGCGGCUUCAACUACCACCACGCCGAUCGCCUAAACAGUGAUCUAGAACUGUCAUUCAAGCACAGGCCCACCGGGGCUGAGAACUCUAUGAUUUCCGGGAGAGUCAGCUGGUUUUAUGAUUUUCAAGGAGCUAGUCUUACAAUCGAUACUGCCUGCUCAAGCAGUCUGGUGGGGCUGCACCUGGCCAGGCAGAGCCUGCAGGCAAAGGAGAGCGAUAUGGCCAUUGUGAGUGGUGUCAGCGUGAUCGGAUACCUCUCCCAUCUGAUGAAGAUGUCAUACUCCGGGCUCCUGGGAUCAGAGGGCAAGUCCCUGGCAUUUGACCAACGGGCAGAUGGAUAUGGACUCGGAGAGGGUGUAGGGACAGUAAUCCUCAAGACCUUAUCAGCCGCCAUUCGUGAUGGCGAUACUAUUCGAGCCGUCGUCCGCGGUACGGGCCUUAAUCAUGACGGCCACACCCCCGGAAUGACAUAUCCAAGUGCAGCAGCUCAGGAGUCACUGAUUAGGAAGACCUACGUGGCCGCAGGUCUGGACCCAAAGGACACAAUAUAUGCCGAAAGUCAUGGAACAGGAACCCAAGCUGGAGACUUGAUGGAGUGCACGGCAAUUGCGGCUGCAUUUGAGACUGAGAAGCGAGAUCGGCCGUUCUACAUUGGUGCUGUCAAGCCCAAUGUUGGACAUCUCGAAGGAGGCGCUGGCAUCACCAGUGUCAUCAAGUCUGUCCUCCUCCUGGAGUCUGGUAUUAUCCCACCAAAUGCGACUCUGAAGAAAAUUAAUCCGAAAAUUCGCCCAGAAUGGAAUCUCCAAUUCCCUACGCGGUGCGUUCCAUGGCCCACCACUGGCAUCCGGCGGUCAUCGAUCAGCUCGUAUGGAAUAAGCGGGACAAAUGCACACUGCAUUCUGGAUGAUGCAUACCAUUACUGCAACCAACGAGGGAUCUCUGUUCGGCACAGGACCGCUGAAACUGUGCCCUCGGAGAAGGAGAUUGAACUUAUUGUCGCAAAGGCCGUCCGGCGAUACCAGACUAAUAGUGCCAAUGGAUUCAACAAAUUUGACGAGCCUCGUGGCAGUGAUAGUGCUGGGUCCAACGCCAACGGCUCCCAUGGUGUCGCCGGCACUGUUGGGGCCAACGGAAAUGGAGUCAAUGGCAUCAAUCCGAGCCCUGGGCAUAUGCCUGAAAAUACCAAGGCGCUCCAAGCAUCGAGUCUUCUUCUCUUCUCGGCUUUCGACGAGAAAAGCUUGGAGAAAGUCCUUGCGCAAAUCCGAAACUACAUCUCGUCUUUGGAUUCAAAUUCUGCUGGGCAAGCAUUGCAUGAUCUUGCUUUCACUUUAUCGACGAGGAGAUCGCGACUUCCUUGGAAAACCUAUGCUCUAUGCAGCUCCCUGGUGGAAUUGCAUGACAUGCUAUCCAAGCCUCAUUUGAAAGCGAUCAAGUCACGAUCGCCCCUACGAGUUGGAUUUGUCUUCACCGGUCAAGGAGCUCAAUACGCACAGAUGGGCCAGCAGCUUCUUUUAUAUCCAGUUUUUAGACAAUCCCUCGAAGAAGCAAGUCUCUAUUUCAAGUCACUGGGCUGCGAUUGGUCGUUGCUGGAGGAGCUUACAAGGGAUUCAAAAGACUCCAGGAUAUCCAAAUCGGCGUUCGCUCAUCCACUAUCCUGCGCGGUUCAAAUUGCGCUGCUUGACCUUCUGCUCAGUUGGAACGUUGUGCCUCACCGUGUUGUGGGCCAUUCAUCGGGAGAAAUUGCGGCAGCUUACUGCGCAGGUAAAAUCUCACGAGAGGGUGCGUGGAGAGUGGCCUACUACCGGGGUCAUGUCCUCCUCCAUGGGAAGACAGAUCGUGUAGGCGGCAUGCUUGCAGCUGGUAUUGAGGAAGAGCCUCUGCUAGAUCUUCUCAGUCAAGUGCACGCAGCACUGCCAGGCGGUACUCUGUCAAUCGCUUGCUACAAUAGCCCCCGAAAUCAUACAAUAUCAGGUGAUGAUGCAAUGGUGGAUGCGCUGAAAGUCUUGCUCGACGAACAGGGCAUUUUUACUCGGAAGCUUAAAGUCGAGCAUGCCGCCCAUUCUGCCCACAUGGAGCAAUUCACGGGGGAAUACGAAGAGCUUGUGGGUGACUUGCCGUCCAACCGUCUGUUGCACUUUGACCAUACUGUGCAUAUGUUUUCUACCCUCACGGGUCGCUUGAUAGACGAUUCAUGUGUGCCAGAAAAGUCUUCGCAUUGGUCGAACAGCAUGGUUGGUCCCGUCGAAUUCACAAAGGCGGUUUCUUCGAUGUGCUUUGAUUCCAUUUUGGGUGACGGCUCCUCGGUUCAGGGUAGUCAGGUGGACGUUAUCCUGGAAGUCGGUCCUCAUCCUGCAAUGCAAAGUGCAGUCAAGGACAUUCUCGGUCUGGGCUCAGGGAUUCCAUACUUGGCCACCUUGAGCCGAAAGGAUACCGGGUUGGGCACAUUACUUGACACAAUAGGGAGUCUGGCUGCUCACGGUGCCCCUGUUGAUCUGGACAAGGUCAAUAGGUCUGCAAAUCCUUUGCUCAAGCCUCGCAUGCUUGCGGAUCUACCUCCGUACCCAUUCAGCCAUGAGGAACAAGGGCUUUAUGAGAGCCGAUUGAUCAAGAACAUCCGUCUGCGACAGUUUCCUCGACAUGACUUGUUUGGGGCCCCAGUACCAGAUUGGAACCCAAAUAGCCCACGUUGGCGCCAUUUCCUGCGCGUCUCAGAGAACCCCUGGUUGAAAGAGCACGUAAUCGGUGACGAGUUUGUUUUCCCCGGAGCUGGUUAUAUGGUAAUGGCUGUGGAAGGCAUGAAACAGAUCACUGAUCCCGCCGAGAUGGUCGGGAUUUUCCUGAGGGAUGUCAAAUUCAAAGCAAUGCUCGUGGUCCCAGACGAUACGCAAGGAGUAGAGGUGUGCCUUUCCUUUUACCCAGUGCCGGAAUCCAGAACAUCGUUGUCGACGGCAUGGAAGCGGUUCGAGGUAGCUUCUUACAACCAGAAAACUGAGGAGUGGAUUGAGCAUUGCACGGGUGAAGUCUCUCCAGAUUUGAAGAAGUCACUUAAUCCAAUUGACGGGACUCGUACGCAAGAGGCUGAGAAAGCGCAAUUCUCGGCAUUUGCCCAGUCCAGACAGGAUGUUUGCACCGCACCAGUUGACUUUACACCUGUAUACGAUCAUCUCAGAAAGAUUGGUGUCAAUCAUGGGCCCUCCUUCCGCAAUCUAGCCGCCGUCAACAUUGGCGAUCGAGAACAAGGACUGAUGACAGGCGACAUUGUCGUCCCGGAUAUCACUCAAGUGAUGCCAGAGAAGUACGCGCAUGGGCAUCUAAUCCAUCCUACCACUUUGGAUAAUGCAUUCCACGCGUCAUUUGCAUCUAUCUAUGACCUUGAGGGCAAGACAAUGAUGCGCCGGGGCUGUGUCCCCAGCUAUGUCCAAGACGUUUGGCUGUCUGCAACUGCGCUCUCAUCUGACCCCGGUACCAUCUUGCGUUGUACUAGUGAGGCUUCUCAUGCUCUGCACGGUGCUUUCGAGAGCACAGUGCAUGCGUGGGACCCGGCAAACCCCAGCGAAAGACUCAUCUCGCUGGCAGGUAUUCGGCUGUCUCCAUUCAAGCCCGAAUCCAGUGAGUCUAUCGCCGCUGAAAAUAGGACUUGUUAUUCGGUUGAAUGGUAUCCGGAUCUGAAUCUUCUUACAAAACGGGAGUUUCAGAAGCUUUUGUCACGUUUUCCCGCUCCGUUGGAGACGUUCGAUGCUCAGCAAAAAUGGUUCAGUCAGCUACAACUAGCUUCAACUCUCUUGGCCACUGAUGGCCUCCGGGAAUCUCGUGAAAUGAAAGAUGUCAACCUGGAAGAUCAUCAGAGAGGGUAUAGAGAGCUCCUGCGGGCCAUUGCCGCUGGUGUCACGACUCAAAGUAUCCCAUAUGUCUCUCUGGAUAUGUGGCUGGAGUAUUCUCGAAACUCUGACCUGAAAGAGCAACUCUAUCGUGAGAUUGAGGACCAGAGCCCCGACGGCGCCCUUCUUGUCAGAAUGGGAGCAGCAAUCCCGUCUAUCUUAGGAAGAGAGAUCACAGCACAGUAUCUUCUUUAUGAACAGGACGACCUCCUCUCAGUAUGGGAUGAAAACAGACUAUCCCGCGGCAAGAUCCUUCCCGCACUGACUCAAUACCUCACUCUCCUUCGCAAGAGCCAACGAGGCCUUCGCGUCCUGGAAUUGGGCAGUCGCACAGGAGUCCUGGCUGAACACGUUCUCAAAACACUCUGUGUAGAUGGCACUGAGAAUUCCAUCGAGCAGUAUACCAUUCGUUCUCAAUCAGCUGAUCAUUGUGAGAAACUGAAAAAGCGUCUGUCUGCGUGGGUGGACAUUAUCAGAUACGAAGCACUUGACUUGACAGCCAAGUCUUCGGAGCAGGAAAUCCAGAUCAACCCUUUCGAUCUCGUCAUUGUCAAUAACUUUGUGCGGGGCCAGCCGAACAUGGAAGAGAUGAUGUUACGACUAAACUCUUUGAUGCGACAAGGGGGUCGUCUCCUUAUUCUUGAGGAUGUUCGAUCGGAGUCCCUCCACGCCAAUAUCAUAUUUGGUGCUUUGCCCGGAUGGCGGGAGGCAACAAAGGCCUCCUGGGAUGCUGAGAGCGGCACCGACAAGCUUGAAUGGGACAGGGUCCUGCGUAAUACUGGGUUCUCCGGGGUUGACUUUGAAGCUUCAAGCUCUAUCUAUCCGGAUUUUGCCGAUUUCUCUUUGGUGGCAUCCACUGCAAGUCACGGAAUGUUGGAGGCUACCCCUCCUUCAUUCGAAGUCCUCGUGAUAAUCCAGUCCCACUCGGAGAUCUCUCGCUCGCUUGCCAGAGGACUGCUCACUGCAGGAGUGUCUCACUCAAUCUGUCUGAUCGAUGACAUCCGGGCUGAUAAUGUGAUCGGCAGAGUCUGUAUUUCUUUGCUCGAGGCUGAGCAGCCCAUACUGAACUCCAUGGACGAGACUACAUUCCAGGCAAUCCAGAAUCUAGUUACCGCGUGCGACUCACUGUUGUGGGUAACUGGCGAUCCGUUGGCGCACCCAGAAUUCCAAAUGGCAACGGGGCUGAUCCGUACCAUUCGCUGGGAACUGGAUCGCAACGACCUAAACUUGAUCACGAUUGCCCUUGACGGCGAGUCUACAGCCUCUACGGACAUGAAUGUUGAUGCACUGAUCCGAGUUCUUCGUUAUCAAUUCCUUGAUCAGUGUUCAAAGGACUCUGGCAAUACCAAUUCUGAGUAUCGUAUUCGGGAUUCAGUGAUCGAGACUAACCAUGCCGUCAAAAACACGGUGGCCAGCGCUGUCAUUGAAGCACAGUUCUCAUCACCAAAGCCGACACUGUCUACCUGGGAAAGUAUUGAACGACCUGUUCGAUUGAUCAAUACAAGCCCCGGAAUUGAUUCUCUGACAUGGGUCACCGAUGAAGAUAUUUCUAGGAAGCCACUUGCUGUGAAUGAAAUCGAGAUCGAUGUUCAUGCAGUUGGGCUGAACUUCAAAGAUUUGUUGGUGGCCAUGGGGGAGAUUGAUCAACCAGGCUUCGGACACGAAGCAGCUGGUAUAGUUGUCCGAGUAGGCUCGUCAGUCAGCACUUUCAAGGCUGGCGAUCGGGUCAUGUACCUGGGGGACCCUUCGCCCGGCAAAAUGGGUACAUUGCGCACACGCAGUCGCGUCCAUUGCGGGCUUGCUAUCAAGAUUCCGGACACGAUGGGCUUCGAAAUCGCCGCAGGAUUGCCCAUUAUCUAUGGCACAGUGAUCUACUCGCUCGGCCACAUCGCUCGGCUCCGCGCCGGUGAGAAAGUUUUGAUCCAUGCCGCUGCCGGGGGUAUUGGACAAGCCGCCAUACAGUACGCUCAUGCCAAGGGGGCAGAGAUUUUCGUGACCCUUUCUAGUCUUGAAAAGAAGCAAUACAUCAUGGAAAACUUCCACAUUCGCCCCGACCACAUUUUCUCAAGUCGUGAUUUAAAUUUUGCAGCGGGCAUCAAACGCAUUGCGCCUGCUGGGGUGGAUGUUGUUCUUAACUCGCUCAGCGGUGAAGCAUUGCGACAGUCCUGGCAGUGUGUUGCACCAUUUGGACGCUUUGUUGAGAUUGGAAAGCUUGAUUUGCAGGCUGGCUCCAAGCUGGACAUGACGCCUUUCCUCUACAACGUCUCUUUCUCCGGCGUGGAUCUCAAUGCUUUGGCUGAAAACCGGCCAGAGGUCUGCCAGGAGCUGUUACAAGAAACGAUUGACUUGUGGUCCAACCAAGAUAUUCAUGAAGCCCGCCCAACCCAAGUCCUUGACUAUGGGCAGCUGAAGGAAGGAUUGCGUCUCUUGCAAACAGGAAAAAGCAUCGGUAAAGUUACUCUUGUUCCGGGCACUCAUCCUGUUUCUGUCAUACCGCCACCAUUUCUCCCUCUGGAGCUCGAUGCAAAUGCAUCAUUCAUCCUAGCGGGAGGUUUGGGAGGGAUCGGCCGCAGCAUCGCACUCAGGUUGGCUCGUCGCGGAGCCAAGCACAUUGUGUUCCUGUCACGGUCAGCUACAGUCCACGAAGCAGGACAAGAGACGAUUGCCAAACUCAAGCUUCUUGGCUGUACCAGCCAUGUCUUCCAGUGUGAUAUCUCAAAUGAGACACGUCUCCUUGAGGUUAUCACACGGGUUCGAGAAACGUUGCCCCCAAUCAAGGGAUGUAUACAAUGCUCCUUUGUCCUGAAGGACAAAGCCUUCGACUCCAUGACACACGAAGAAUGGCAGACUGCCCUGACUCCCAAAGUCUCUGGAUCUUGGAACCUCCACUGCCUGCUGCCGGAUGUUGAUUUCUUCUUGCUGCUGAGUUCUAUCACUGGCAUUGUGGGCAAUCGAAGCCAGGCCAACUACAACGCCGGCAACAACUUCCAGGACUCUCUGGCACGUUACCGUGUUUCCAAGGGGAUGCACGGUGCCAGUGUUAAUCUCGGCGCAGUCGUAGGGAUCGGCUUCAUUGCGGAAAACGCAGAAUACGCGGCGAAACACACGUUUAAAAUGGCCAAUCCACAAACUGAGGAAGAAGUCCUGGCGACUGUCGAGUAUUUGAUCGAUCGACGUCACCAUAUGGCCCUGAGUCCCGAUACCGCGCAGCUCAUCUGUGGUCUUCGCACCCCCGCUUCAUACAGUCUCAGUAAUGAGGCGCCACCGACCCAUCUCAAGUAUCCCAUGUUUGCCCAGCUCCCACCAGCUCUCUCCAACACCGGUCCUGGCGGUUCGCAUAGCGCGCAAUCGGCGACUCACAUUCGCGAUCAGCUCCAGUCCGCUACCGCCCCAGAGGAGGCGGCAAGAAUCAUUCACAAGGCGCUCCGACGCAAGAUGGCCGAUUUGCUGAACAUCUCUGAGGACACUAUCGAUGAUAGCCUCAAUGUGCGUGCGAACGGCGUCGACUCGUUGAUCGAGAUGGAAUUUCGGACGUGGUUUGCCAAGGAGCUGGGGGCUACUGUGCCUCUGAAAGACUUAGCUAAGGAUUUGACUCAACUGAGCGCUAGGCUUGUGUCGCUGAGCUCCUUUACGAAGUUUCGUUGA